AUGCGCCGACAUCGGAAAUGGGGUGGUUCGGUCCCAGAGCACAAGGUUCGUCGGAGAGACAGGGAAGGCGCUUGGGCUGAGCUUGUUCGAUGUUACUUCGCGUCGGAGCCGCUGUUCGACGACACCAUGUUCCGGCGCCGUUUCCGAAUGAAAAGAAGCUUGUUCGAUAUGAUCUACCAAAUGCUUGCUGCGAACAAUGAGUAUUUUCGACAGAAACCUGAUGGUCUUGGCCGAAUGGGAUUUCAUGGAAAGCAUAAGUGUGUUGUCGCUAUGCGAAUGCUUGCGUAUGGAAGUAUAGCCGACGCACUUGAUGACGGUUAUGCCAUGGCCGAGAGCACUAUUUUGGAGUGCAUUAAGGAGUUUGCAAGAACUGUCAUUGCCGUGUUCGAGGAAGAGUACCUACGACCACCUAAAGAGGCUGAGUUGAAGCGGAUUCGAAGAAAAUAA